AUGAAAAAAACUGAUACAUUUAGUUUUGGACCUUGGAAAAUAACUACAGCGAAAGGAGCCAUUUUAAAAGCAGGAGAUGUUGACAGGUAAACUUAAGCUUAAAACAUACACUUGACAACAUUAAACUUUAUCAGUGUUGUAAUCUUGUGGAGGAAUUUGACACGUCUGUGGAUGUGGGUGCGUUCCAUUUUUAACCUGAAGGGUUAAUACUAUCUCGUCAGCACCAUUGCAAUACAUAUGCAAAGGGUCUAGAUUUUUAAUGAAAAAAUUCAAACCCCCCUAUUCAAAAAUAAUUCACCAUCCUUAGGGGGCUGGUGGUUAAAAAAUGGCAGGUUAUGUGAUCUGGACAUGGACAUAGAAAGGCGUUCCAAGGGCCAGUAGACUCUACAAACAAAAUGGCCCUGAAAUCUGGCAAUGAUCUUGUCACAGAGCACCAACAAAAGACAGAAAAAGCUGAAGGAAUUGUGCAGUGGCAAUCAUUUUUAUAUGAAGGGAAAGCAAGCAUCUGCUCAGUUUUGUAGUUGAACUAUUUCAGCUGCAAAAUAAAAAAACUCUCCUCUCUGGACCGGCAGGGACAGUUUCAUUCUAGCAAAUGCAACAGUGCCAUUUUUUCGUAACCUACCCGGUAACAGCAGUCUCAGAAAUGACUGACAAAGUGACAGCAUAACCCUUAAGAAAGCCUCCAUUAAAGGCCAAAACAGGGAGCAAAGAAAGUCAGUUUUACAGCCUGCCACUCGCGCAAGCUGUGGUUAGCAUGUACUAGCCCACAAGUCAUUUCAACUGGCCCUAAAACCCUUUUUGAUUAGCAGGAUUGAUUACAAUCCUUCUGCAAUUUGAAUUUCCCCCAAAGAAACAGCACUUGCCCGUCGGGCAAGUUAGGAACAAAAAUCACUAGCCAGAUAGCAAAGUCCACCAGCCCCGAGCUAUCGGACACAACUUUCUUUGCGUGUUGCUAAAUGCUCGUUGUCCAGGUUACUGGUAAUAGUCACUAAUAUUCACUUGAUCUCUGUACUACGAUUAGUCUGUGCUAUUGUCAAUUAACUGAUUGAACAUAAAGACUCCUACAUGUACACUUGCAGUGGUAGAAACUACAGGAGUCAGUUGUGUUGAUGGUUGCGUGAUAAGAUUAAAGUAGGGCAAAUGGCCUAGAUCCUCAAAGGAGGGGGUGGGGUGUACUCUAUGACUGAUAAGUGGAGUAUUAAACCAUUCUGACCAUUAACUAACCCUCCCCUAGUUUUGCAAGUAGUUAUUAAACUGCUGUACAAUGCUUUAUGGUUUAAUCACUCCUUGAAUUUUCAUCGAUAUAGGUCAGAAAAGGACUGUGAUUUUUAGGGCCUCUGACUAAUAUUUUAUGUAGCAUUAAAAAUAAUCACCUUAUAGCUGCUACUGGCUUUAAAGGUAAUUUACUUUGUUACUAUUUUUUUCUAUUAAUCAUGUGUAGAAUCUCUGCUGAACUUGAGCUUCCCUCCCUUCCUGAAAUGGUGUUUGGCGACAACAUUCUGCAGAUCGAUCACACUGCAGGGUUUGGAAUUCAGUUCAAUGCAAUAGAUGCACUUAAACAUGUGGAUAACAAACAUGACCUUAUGAAAGUUGCUGUAGCUGAAGAGUGGCAAAGUAAAAGGUAAUAGAGAGGAGAAGUUGUUAUGCCAUGUUGCCAUGGUAGCAAAAUUUCUGGAUCUCAACAAACCAUGAUCCUGCAAAUAUGGCAGAAAAAAAUGAAAGUGAUUGACAUGUAUGACUUUCCUGUGCAUGAUUGAACUCAGGAACAAAUUGGUAGCCCAUGCAAUGUACUUUUCUUCAUUAUUUGCCAAUGCAAAUAACUAUCUCUGCCAAGAAAGAUUGUUAAGAUCCAUGAAUUUUGCUUCCAUGGUAAUUGGACAUUGAUCACACUUCUCCUCUUUAUUGCUAUGAUAGGUCUACUGUUAACCCUUUGAGCCCCAAUAUCCACAUGCAAAUUCUCCAAACUGAUCUCUAUACAUUUCUUUAAAGAAUGAGUUGAGAGAAUUUGAGAAAAGAUCAAAGCAUUUUCUCUUAGGUAAUCAUUUAAUUAAUUCUCAUAACCUAAUCUCUUGACAUUGUAUGGAUAUCAUUAGGAGAAAAGUGAUGUUGGUCACUAUUGGUACUAUACCUAAAAGGCUAAUUAAAAUGUGAACUGAAGAUAUGUUCUUGUAUUAUUUUUCAAUCCCAACUGUACUUCACCAUUAAUUUUUAUUGUCUUCAUUGACAAUGCUACUGAUUAAGUUGUGGAGCAAUAACUUAUUAACAGUGUACUAUACCGAGUUUAAAGUGAUGUACUCUUUGACAGGUUGACAUGGUUGACAUUUCUCCACGGUUUGCAAAUUUUAUUGACCCUAAUAUGUCUUUAAAUCAAAUUAUAUUAAUAAGAAAAUAUUUUAUAAAACAUUUCAUUGCAUUUUCUUUUUGUGUAGCAUACAGUAUUUGCAGGUAUUUGCAGUUCUUGGCUCUUGCAUGCUUUUAUUUCAGGGCCUCAAAGCUAUUUACACAUGCUUUUUGAGAAUUACAGAUUUGUUUGGUUGUUUGUUUGUUUUUUCAUUUAUCCUUAUCUUCUUUGAAACCAAUAUUUCUUUAGGCAGGAUUCAGAAUAUAUAAAGGAAGUGAUAAAACCUUUUGAUUGGACGUUCACAACAGAUUACAGGGGUACACUGACAGGCAAAAACAAGAUGACCAUGAAGGUAAAAACCUUUUUUACAUUGUCAUUAAAUAAUACAUAAUUUGUUGUUUUAAUGUACAAACCUACGGCAAAUAAUUCUCAGUUUUUGGUUGUUAUUCAGAAAUAAGAUUCAGUUGUUAAACAAAUGACUCAAAAAGUGCAGUGCCAUAGUAAGAACAGUGGACACAUUAAGCACUUGAUCAUGAUAUGCAAAUUUAAAGGAUCAUGCCAAUUGACUCAACUGACACAGUAACUUUUUUACAUUAGAUGUAGUAUCUAGCCCAUCAUGGAAUUUCCUCAGAAGGCAGUCCUUAAUACACCUCAUUUACAGCCAAAAUUCGUUGUAUCACACCAUGCGUUUUGCAAAUUGCAAAUUAAAGGAUUUUGGGUUUCUCUGUUCUGUAACUGAAAUCGUUUGAGUGCGGAUGGGGUUAAUACAAACCACAAUGCUAUGCACUUUCCCUGCUUUGCAAGCAAAAACAAAACUGCAAUUUACUAUAGAGUAUAGACUGCUCAAGAAUAGCGAAGGAAAUUGCGAUGGUGAGUGGAAUUUUUUGUCAAAGGAAGGAGCCAGACAUUGUUUAAUUAUGCAAGUGGCAUAGACAUUUGUAUUAAGAAAGAUCAAAAAAAUAUUUGAACCAAAUGAGUCAAUUACUGCCCAAACCAGGACGAUCACAAGAAAGGAACCUUGAAACAAAGAAACAAAGAAAAUGGAUCAAAAUCCACCAAUCACAAAAUCACAAACCAUGACCUUUUGAACUCGUUCAAGUAAACAUCUGUUUCCUAUAAGAGUUUCAUGAUUGACGGAACAGGAAACCCAAAAUUUCUCUGAAGUUUGCAAACGGACAGCGCGAUACAAUAAAUUUAGCUGUAAAGUGUAUUCUUCAGACUCACCUUUGAAGGCAUAUGUAACAAAUUAAGUUCUAACCUCUGACUGUGCAUGUUCGAUCUGACAUUAAACUGCAUCAUGUGACCAGUCCCCUGCAGCAUGUGUAGUAUGUAUCUCUAUUUUUUAAAUGUUUCAGUUUGCAAGCAGCUUUAGCCUGGUUUCGCUCACCCAAAAUACAUGUAUGCCUGCACUGCAGGCUAAAGCAGCUUGGAUACUUUAUCUCCACCAGAAUGCAGUUUGCUCAUCUUUAUAGCAACAAUAUUAUAUGGCUUCCUUGGCCUUGUUGAGUGAUCUUUAUUCCUUUCAGGUGGAGUCUACUGAUGAGAGAAUAGAUAUGGAACAGUUGAAGGUCAAAGAAAAAAUCUACUUCUAUGAGGAUGUCAUAUUGUUUGAAGAUGAACUAGCAGAUAAUGGGAUUUCUAAAUUAAAUGUAAAAAUGGUAAAGACUAAAAUUAAUGUCUUGUAUAAUAUUAUAAAUAAUAAUUAAAAUUUGUACAUCAAAAUACUUCAAAUACUUUAAAAGGAAAAGGAAAGUUCAUGUGCUCUUUUUUUUAUCACUUGAAGCUUGAAGGGUAUUAGGGUGAGGGAACUUGCCCAUGCAUCCCCUUCUCCUGCACAUUACCUGUAUUGUAUUUUUCGAAAGUACCACACAGGCCAGCAUUUCCUCACAGUCUUUCAUUCUAGAGAUAGAGAGACUUGAGCAAUUAAAACAGUUAGGAAUAUAUUGCCAUGUCCCUGCAAAAUAAGUUGGAGUUGCAUUGUGGCAAAAAGGUGUUAAUUUUAUGGUAUAAGCAGAGUGAGCGGUGUAUAAAGAUAGGUAUUGUGAAAGAAUACAAAUUUACUUUUAUAGUCAGUAACAUAGGCAUUGAUAAUAAAUCAAAGAAUCAGUGACUUGGAAGAAAAUAUCUGUCUUUUCUUUUUCAGCGUGUUAUGCAAGGUGGUUUCUUUUUACUUCUGAGGUUUUUCAUGCGAGUGGAUGGUGUUCUUAUUAGAAUCAAUGAUACAAGAAUAUACCACAAGGUAAAAAAAAGUAAAGUGAAACUGUGUCAUCACUCAGAUGGUUACAUGUACAUCAUAGGAUUUGAUUUACACAAACCCAAAAGUUACAACUACAUGGGACAAUACCUAAAGUAAGUCUUGUGUGCAUGUCAAGAAAAAUCAAGCCUGCACUCAUGAGAUAUUUCACUGUAUGCCACUCGAAAGCACUGCAUAACUUGCGUAUACACAAUAAACCACCCUCAUACUUAGGAUGCUAGCCUGCGUGCAGACUUCUUUUAUGCACCCAGGCUAUAGGACACUUACUAUUCGGUGCGAACUGACCGGCCACACUAGUUCAGCCAUGUCAGUCCAUAAUUUCUAAGAAGUAUGCAAGGUAGCGAUGUGUUUUAAGGAAAACUCAACCAAAAAGUUGUAGCUGUCUCAUUCUUUUGUGAGAGAUAUGAAACGUUUAUCAUCUUCCAUUAUUAUGUCUAAAUAUUUCAGGCUGGUUCUUCGUACAUGUUACGAGAAUAUUCCUCAAAAGAAAGAAAAAUCGAAGAAAUCUUGGGACUCAAGGUAUAGUUAUCCUGAAUGAAUGUUACAUUAAAUAUCUUGUUUGUUGUUAUUUAGUGUCCAAUGCACUGAAAACUUGGGUGGCUGUAUUUUGGUGGCAGGGGGACCAAGUGGUCAGUGCAUUGGACUCACAAUCCGGUGGUCCUUCCUCCAAAUCCCGCUCUAACCACCAGCUGCAUUUGUUUAUCGUCCAUCUCAAGAUCAACUCCUUGACCACGCCCAUGAAAAGCCGACUGAUUGCCUCCUGUUAAUUGGAGUAUUUAAUCUUAUUAUUGAUGUUUUCUUCACAUUAUUUCUUCCAAAUUAUUUGAGUGGAGUGCUUGUAAACUUCAAUUCUGGACAAAAAAAAUUCUAAAGAUAGUUUUCCCUUUGGCUUAAAACCUACCUACUCAAAUCGCGCUGAAACUUCGUAAAAACAAACACAAGCACACGAGGUAACAACAUUUACAUUUUAUUAAUAACUUUUAUCGCUUUUAGUUCAUUUAUUUAAUGUAAGACUUCCCAUAAAAACUCUCAUAUUACGCUUGGGCCACCUGUGUCACAAUUAGCAUCAUGAUGUCUUAUUACAAUCAUACUCAGCGUGUUUCAUACAGUUCCUCGUGUCAGCGAAAACGUGAUUUAUGCCAUACUAUGCCGAAUGAUAUUCAGGUGGGAAUGUGAUUCAGACACCGGACACAAGACCCAGCUGGCCUGAAUGUGGACUAAAUUUUAUUUGAACCUGUCAAAGUCAGCGCGCGCAAGUACCAUUACUCCUUUGUUUUGUAUUUUUAUUUGAACGUUAUAUUGCGCGUGCAGUUCCUUUUAAAUGAAUAUUUGCGUUGUAUAGUGUUUUCAAAAUUUUUGUAAGACUUUAGAUUAAUCUUUUUCUUUUCUAAAUAUAUCGUAGAUCAAAGCCUGAUCGGGAAAUUAUUAAUAAUUCAUCGAGUUUUAAGCGAUUCUUAGUGUUUAUCCGACACCUGAUGUACAUUUUUGCUAAUGAAAUGAGUUUCGGUGUCAAACCAGCCCCAAGGCGACGCCCUGUAAUCUUUGAAUAUUACUAGUUUGUAUAGGUAAUAGCAAGAUUAUUAAAAUCAUGCUAUUAUUUGUUUAUAUUACUACCUGCAAAAGGUUUGUAAUUUUCAUAUGUAGGUAUUUCAAAUUAAGCUGAAAUACCACUGCUCUAAGCCAAUCAAAUUGCAGAAAUUUCCCAUGUAGUAGUGUAAAUUUAUUUAUUUGUUUCUUUGUUUAGGUUCCUAUCACAGAUCCCACAGAGCUAGCUCAGCAUUUAGUUCUCAAGAACGAAAUAUUUGAGAAACUUUCCUUUCCCGAUGGAGUGGAUGAGAAGUUUGGCGUGGAGCAAUCUGUAAGUUAA